AACAACAUGCCCAAGCAGGUGGAAGUCCGAAUGCACGACAACCAUCUCAGCUCGGAGGAGCCCAAGCAGCGACACCUCGGCCUACGUCUGUGUGACAAGCUGGGGAAGAAUCUCCUGCUCACGCUGACCGUGUUUGGUGUCAUCCUGGGGGCAGUGUGUGGAGGCCUUCUUCGCUUGGCAUCUCCUCUCCACCCUGAUGUGGUCAUGUUAAUAGCCUUUCCAGGGGAUAUACUCAUGAGGAUGUUAAAAAUGCUUAUCCUGCCUCUCAUCAUCUCCAGCUUAAUCACAGGGUUGUCGGGCCUGGAUGCUAAAGCCAGUGGGCGCCUGGGGACGAGAGCCAUGGUGUAUUACAUGUCCACAACCAUCAUUGCUGCGGUGCUGGGGGUCAUCCUGGUCUUGGCGAUCCACCCAGGAAAUCCCAAACUCAAGAAGCAGCUGGGGCCAGGGAAGAAGAAUGAUGAAGUGUCCAGCCUGGAUGCCUUCCUGGACCUUAUUCGCAAUCUCUUUCCUGAAAACCUGGUCCAGGCCUGUUUUCAACAGAUUCAAACGGUGACCAAGAAAGUCUUGGUGCCGCCUCCAUCAGAUGAGGAGGGCAAUGCCACCAAUGCUGUAAUCUCCUUGUUGAAUGAGACUGUGACAGAGGCACCUGAGGAAGCGAAGGUGGUUAUCAAGAAGGGCCUGGAGUUCAAGGACGGCAUGAAUGUCUUAGGUCUGAUAGGGUUUUUCAUCGCUUUUGGCAUCGCCAUGGGGAAGAUGGGUGAGCAGGCCAAGCUGAUGGUGGAAUUCUUCAACAUUUUGAAUGAGAUUGUAAUGAAGUUAGUGAUCAUGAUCAUGUGGUACUCUCCCCUGGGUAUCGCCUGCCUAAUCUGUGGGAAGAUCAUUGCCAUCAAGGACUUGGAAGUGGUUGCUAGGCAACUGGGGAUGUACAUGAUCACGGUGAUCGUGGGCCUCAUCAUCCAUGGGGGCAUCUUUCUCCCCUUGAUUUACUUUGUAGUCACCAGGAAAAACCCUUUCUCCUUUUUUGCUGGCAUUUUCCAAGCUUGGAUCACUGCCCUGGGUACCGCUUCCAGUGCUGGAACUUUACCUGUUACCUUCCGUUGCCUGGAAGAAAAUCUGGGAAUCGAUAAGCGCGUGACCAGAUUUGUCCUCCCAGUCGGAGCAACCAUCAACAUGGAUGGCACAGCCCUUUAUGAAGCGGUGGCCGCCAUCUUUAUUGCCCAGAUGAAUGGUGUUAUCCUGGAUGGAGGCCAGAUUGUGACUGUGAGCCUCACGGCCACGCUGGCCAGCGUCGGUGCAGCCAGUAUCCCCAGCGCGGGCCUCGUCACCAUGCUCCUCAUCCUGACGGCUGUGGGCCUGCCGACGGAGGACAUCAGCCUGCUGGUGGCCGUGGACUGGCUUCUGGACAGGAUGAGAACUUCAGUCAAUGUUGUGGGGGACUCUUUUGGGGCUGGGAUUGUCUAUCACCUCUCCAAGUCUGAGCUGGAUACUAUUGACUCCCAGCAUCGAGUGCAUGAAGAUAUUGAAAUGACCAAGACUCAGUCCAUUUAUGACGACGCGAAGAACCACAGGGAAAGCAACUCUAAUCAAUGCGUCUAUGCCGCACACAACUCUGUCAUAGUAGAUGAGUGCAAGGUGACUCUGGCAGCCAACGGAAAGUCCGCUGACGGCGGAGUUGAGGAAGAGCCGUGGAAACGUGAAAAAUAAGGACAUGACUCUCAGCAAAGUUUUGAACAA